AUGAACUUGGUGGAGCUGGAAAUCCCCACGCUCCUUCCGCAUGAAAUUCUGCACGCAGUGGUCAAGGCAGGCCCGGAUCAGACCUUCCUCGGCGGCAGAAGCCGGUCUGCCAUCGCUGAGUUCUGGGCUCACUGCUCCACACUGACAGAGUGGAAGAGCCAUCCUGCGCUCGAGGAGUGCUCCGAUCGCGGAAGACUCCUACCAUUCAGCUUCCACAUUGACGGGGCGGAGUUUUUCCGGAACUCCGAGUUCAUGGUGUGGUCUGUCAGCUGCGCCCUUGCAGCCGGCGAUGUAAAGCACGAAGUCCACAAGCGUGUCGCCGAGCUCAUUGCGUGGUCCAUGAAAGCGGCCACGAUAUCUGUGCGCAAGCUGCUUCUCACCGUGGCCAACACUGGGCUGCAGGAGCCUGAGCCAACCCUCACUGGUGUUUGGAAAGCAGCCCACAUCAAAGUGCUGAUGUGGUACUUCACGGAGAAAGCCGUGGAGUUUGCUAGCAAAACUGGGCAGGCUCCAACUCUACAAGGUGGCGCUUGUUGCAUUUGGUCUUUGCAGCAGGCCAUCACUGUGAUGGAUUGCGCCGACAUCAUUCUCGAGCAGGAAGACGCUACGAUGGCUCGCGAGCUGAUCAUGCAAAGCUUGCAGCAUUGGCAAGGCUUGAGGCAAAGCUCCCGCUCCAAAAGAUGGAAGCUGCGCCCAAAGCACCACUACAUAGAACACAUGGCAUUUCAGCUUGAGCGCACGCGGCUCAACGCACGUCACAUGAGUUGCUUUCAAGAUGAGAGCUACUUAGGGUGCUUGAAACGGUUAGCAGUUCGCUGCCACGCUCGAUCCGUGCUUCCACGAGUGUUUCAGAGGCUGAUCCUCAACCUGGCAUUGCGUUUUCGUGACUCCCGCGAAGCAAAGGCGUGGCGGGCGCAAAAGCGUUCCCGAAAACCCUGCCAGCUGAAACUCACCUUGGACGUCAGUCCUCCGCCGUGA